UUCUGUCUCAACCCAGAUAGGUCUCACAGCUGGGACCCUGGCUGCCCCAGACCUUCCCAGGGGACUGUGGAGAGGGGUGCAUUGGUGGAACUGUGUACCGAUGUGACAUUUCAUGGAGAAUGGGGGUGAGCACAAAGCAAAGAGAGGACUAUUUGCAAAGGUGUUAUGCCAGGAGGGGACUCAGGAGGUGGAUCCUAGGCAGUGACAUCACUUUGCUCACAAUAGGCCCCAGGAAAGCUUGGAACUCCUGUAACCUGGCACCCAUGUUCUAGGAAGGUCCCAUACCAGGCUCACUUGCCUACAGACACAGAGACUUUAGGAUGUUCUCUUGUUGUUUUCCCAGGCACCGGGGCUCUGGAUACCAGAAACCCCAGUGCGCAGGAUUAUUCAGAUGUUGGAGAGGUUUCCUUAACCCACGCUGGCGAUGCCUCAGGAUGUUUUCCAGGAGGUCACAUAAGAGCCACAUGCCACAGAUGGAGGAGAAGCUGAAUGAGAGCCCCUGCUCUUCUUCCCUGAAGGAAAGGAGGAAGCCCCAUGCCAUCAGCAGGAAGUCACGCUGGCUCAGGGGUAUGAACAUCUCACCCAUGCCCGACAAUGAGAACCGUGAGGAAGGGACCAUCGAAGGAGGCUGGAUGCUACUGGAACAGCGAGUGGAGCACCUGGUACCUGCUUUCCUGGGUAGAGACCCCUCCUACCUCUUCACGUUCUUAAGCACGUACAGAGCUUUUGCUACCACCCAGCAGGUCCUGGACAUACUGUUUAUGAGGUGAGCACCCUGCCCUUCACAGCCCAGUGUGAUUCAGCCCCUGAAAGCUCUGAGUCUCAGGGAAGUCACCAAACGUCCUGGCGUCUCGCUUUGUUCCUCUGAUCCGGGUGGAAACACUCCAGGUCCUCAGUGGGGGCACUGCAGGGAAAGUCACCCUGGCCUGUGGAAAGCUCUGCUGGCAGGGCUGCGUCUCUGCUGGGUCAUCUUUGUCCUCUUGCCCAUGAUCAACUUUCUGCCUCAUCCCUCACUGUCGCCAGGUGUUGAGUUGGGCUGUUUUCCCAUUGGAAAAGGAGCUAGGAGGCUCUAUCUGUGUGUCUGAGUCCUGGCUCAAACCAGUCAAGGAUGCCCAGGAUGAGCAGGACGCCCAGACCCACACCAAUAUGUGUGACGGAGCUGACUGGGGCCCCAUCAUUCUUCAAACACGCAGGAAGCCCCACUAGGUGCAGGCACUUCUGUAGGAGCUGACUGGGAUCCAAUGCGCAGAGCGGACAGUACCCUCCCCUCCAGAGCUCCAUUCUAGUCAGCAGUCAGUGACUCUGGAUAGGACAAGACGUAGCAUCCACAGGACAGCUCAUAUGAUGUCCUUCUGGCCUCCUCCAGAUACGGAUGCUUCCAUCCGGACGCUGAGGAGGAUGGCGGACCCCGGGAGCAGGAGAAACAGUGAGUAGGCUGAGCUCAGGCUGGAGGGCCUUCCUUCUCCAAGAGGGCAGUGCUGAGACUGCGCGUGGGAGGGGCUGCAGGACCCAGCAUCCCACACGUCUGAGAGUCCUGUGAGAGGGCAAAGUUCUGAGGGCUUUCUCUUGGAAGCAAGGAAAGGGGUUCUGUCCUGUCUGGUAGAAGAUGGGCUGUGGGCACAGGGAGGCAGCAGAGGGCGCCGGAGGACCGCGUCAGCCCCUUAAGAGAGUCCAACCCCAUCCCUUCCCACUCACAGCCUUGCCUAGACCCCUAUCAGGGGACCCAGAAUAACGGUUUUGGGGAGCAUCGCGCUCACCACCUUGGGGAACAUCCACAGUGCGUGCUUAGCAAGGGUACAGGAGACACAGUGAGGGCUCAAGGAGCACCUAUCACCCACACGAUGGGAGAACGGGGUCAGCGGGAGGACACCCACAUGUGCACUGAGUGCAUGAGGCAGCACAGAGGCACAGGUCG